AUGGCUGCGCCACACACCCCACGGCCCCGCCUGCCGCACGGCGCCCCGGCGCUCCUGCUCCUCCUCACGGCUCUCGCCGCCGCCACCGCCUGCCACCACCUGCGGCCCCGCCACGCCACCUUCCCCUGGGACAGCCUCCAGCUCCUCCGGGCCAUGGCUCCCAGCCCCACACAGCCCUGCCACCACCAGCACGCGCCCUCCUUCCCCGACACCCUCCUCAACACCCCCCGCUCCCAACAACCCGCCGCCGCCCUCACCAUCCUCCAGCACCUCUUGCAAAUCCUCAGCAGCAACAGCAUCCCCCAACACUGGCACAACCAGGCACGGGAACACCUCCUCAACAGCCUCCACCACCACAGCCAGCAGCUCCAGCAGUGCCUGACACCCAACAGGAUGCUCUUCCGAACACAAGGACCCCGCAACCUGCUGCUCACCAUCCACAAAUACUUCGGGGACAUCCAGGACUUCCUCCGCAACCACAACCACAGCGCCUGCGCCUGGGACCACGUCCGCCUCCAAGCUCACAUCUGCUUCCAAUACAUGGACCAACUCCUAGGGCAGGUGAAGAGCCAAAGCGCUCUGCCCUCCACCAAACCCGCCUGCGCCCAACACCCAUUCCCAGCCAACACCAGCGGCUGCAGACGGAGCAGAGGCCGCAGCAGCCCGGGCUGGGAUCGCUCAGCACCGCUCCCAGACAGGAGCCGACGGCCACAAGGGAAUGCUGUUUGCUCUGGAGCUGAUAACGGUAACAACGGGAUGCAGAAGAGUCCCAGGUUUAGACUUGGUGCUAUGGCAGCCAACGUUGCUGAUCUAUUUUCCACGUCCCAUACAGGGCAGAUAAAACUAACAGGAGGCAAUGUAGGGCCACUGAUGAAUGAGCUGGGUGCCCUGCUGACAGAAGACACAGAGAAGGCAGAGUUCCUGAACGCCUUCUUUGUCUCUGUCUGCUCUGCCGGAGGCUGGCCUGAGCAGCCCCGUACCCCUGAGGCCCCACAGGAAGGCAGGACAAUGGAGGAGUUUGCCAUGGUUGAUGGGGACUGGGUUAGGGAGCAAAGAAGCAAGCUGGACAUGCAUAAAUCCGUGGGUCCGGAUGGGAUGCACCCGCGGGUGCUGAGGGAGCUGGCUGAGGUCGUUGCUGAACCACUCCCCAUCAUCUUUGCCAAGUCUUGGGAGACGGGAGAGGUGCCUGAGGACUGGAGGAAAGCAAAUGUCACUGACGUGGACCGCAAACUGGCUGAAGAGAAGAAGCCCGAGAGCCGUGAUCAAUGA